GUUUCCCACCCACAAUGCAUCAUCGCAGCAACCACAGCUCUGCCAUGUUUGUACUACGGUCGUGGAUGGAAAUCAAUGCUGCAUAGACGCUGUUUGGUUGCUAGUUUCACGCUUUUUUUUUUUACUGUCCUACGAGUGAAAUACGAAAGAUUAAAUGCAACCCCCAUUUUUGUAGUCAGACUUUGAGCGGGACACGCAGUGCACCAUGUCAGCCAACGGCCAGGAUUAUGACUUUGAUGAAUAUGACAAACCUGGUGCUGAGCGAUCACGCAGGAGGAGAGGUGAAGAUGAUGAUCUAGAGAGUGAUUUGGAAGAGGAUUUGUUGGAGGAGAAUCCCUCAGAAGUGUCUGAUGAAGAGCUGAAUGAUGACCUUCUACAAAGUGAUGAUGAAGAUGUGAACAUGGGUGGUCAGGAUAUGAGCCUCAAUGCCACAUACAGCUUAGGCACAUCCUAUGACCAGCAGGACAACUCGCAGGAAGCAGACUACACAGAUGACGUUGUGAACCUGGGUGCAGAGGGCUGUGAAGAAGGGGAUGUACAGGAGGAGGGGUACCAGCAAGAAGAGGAGUACACAGAGGAAUACAGCCAGGACGACAACACAGAGAUGCCUGAAGACCAGAUGGAUUACACUGUUGAGCUAGCUGACGGUGAAGAUGGCUACCAGGAUGAAGUGUUAGACAUCCAAAUCAAUGAGCCCUUAGAUGGUGAAUUUCAAGAUGAUGAAUUUCAAACCUCCUAUGAUGAGCCUCUGGAUGAACAUGGAGUCCAACAGGAGGAGGCCCCCGAGGAGGAGGAAGAGGUGGGGGGAGAACAGCAGCAGGAAGAAGAGGAGGAAGACACUGCAGAGGACUCUCAGGUCUUUGACACAGAGGAGGUUGAAAAUGAAGCUGUGCCUGAAGAAGAGACCAAGGAGGAAUCGGAUGAGGAGGAUGAGGAAGAUGAAGAGUCUGGUCGCAUACGGUUCAAGUCUGAGAGAAAAGAUGGCGCUGUUGUGCGUUUGGCUGAUGCAGGCAGUAAAAGGAGGAACAUCCCUGAAACAUUAGAACUGUCAGAGAAGGCCAAGCAGGAUCUGAGGGAAUUUGAGGAGCAAGAACGGCAGAAAAGACAGAACCGUUACGGAGGCCGGGGGAGAGGAGGAGGAGGAGGCGGCUUUGGGCGAGGAAGCCGAGGAAGAGGAGGCUUCCCAGGCUUUGGAAUGGGAGAUUUUAGAGGAGGACACAGAGGAAGAAUGAAUGACCAGAGGCUCCCCUUGAUGGGAAACAUGGCCAUGCAGCAGCCACCCUCCAGAAUGCCUCCUCCUCAUCAGCCUCAUCAGCAGCAACUGCAGUCCCAGCAGCACCACCCUUCGCGUCCAAGAGGACCUCCUCCCUUCCAAGAGCAUGGGCGCCCACUGGCCCAGCAGCCCCUUCAGCCCCUCAUCCCCCCACACAUGGCUCACCGCUCUCCGCCGUUGCGGCCCCAGAUGGAGCCGCCACCACGAAUGAUGAGCUCCCCACCACCCCACUUCCCCCAGCAUCACCAGCAGCAACCUCCACAGCCCAAAAACAUCCACAUAAACCCCCAUUUCAGAGGGCCCACGUCAUCCUCUGUGCAAGUGCCCUUGAUGCCUCCUGCUCAGAGCCAGCCCAGACCUGCUGUGGGUCCUCAGAGGUUCCCUGGACCGGGAGACUUCCAGCAGCACAUGCCUGGUAAUUUUGGUCAGCCCCAGCGGCCUCCUCAUCACAUGGAGCCCUUUAGGAACCAGCCACCUCAAGGCCCCCAGGAUAGGGAGCCCCUCUUUAUGACAGAGCGCACAGAGUCAACACGGUUUCCAGGGCAGCACAUGUUUGAUCACCAGGGCCCCAGCCCUCUGAUGAACAGCAGCAACAACCUCCACCAGCAGCAGCAGCUGCCCGGACAGGGCCACAUGGGCUUCGGCCCACCAGGACCAGCCUUCAACCAGCCGGGUCAGGGCCCGCUAGGACUGUUUCCGAGAGAACCCCCAAGACCCAACCUCCCUCCCCACCAAGGUCACCAAGGAAUGGUCGGCUUGAAUCAACAAAGUGGCCCCCCUAACCAGCCCAGACCUUUCAUGGGCCCUCGUCAGCCGUUUGGCCAGCAGGGGAACCUUUUUCCCCCUCCACAAGUUCAGUUUGGGAUGCAGGUACGACUAAGAGGCUUAAUGCAUGGUCCUCCUGUCUCCCAGCUUCCACAUCACGACCCUAUGUCAUCCCAUCAGCCCAUGCACCACCAGCAACAACAUCAUAGGCAGGAGUUACCCCAUCACCAGCAGCAACAGCUAAAUCUCAGUGAGCCUCGCCCCAUGAUGCACCAUGGCCAGAAUCUCUUCCAUCAACAGCAGGCGCACGGUAGCCCCAGGCAGAUGACUCCCCGCCCUCAGAACCCCCAGCAGCGCAACAUGUCCAACAGGCAGAGGAUGAACACACCUGUUUCCAAGCAAAUACAGCAGCGCAACAGCAACCUACGGGAGCUCCCUGUAGCACCUGGCAACACAAACAUGAACAGUACCCGCCCCACUGCCUCCCCCGCUGCCAACGUCAGGCCUGUUGCCAAGGCAACACAGGGGGUGCGUCCUGGGCAGAACAUUCAGCCGGUGCCUGACGGUGGCAGAGGAAGAGGCCUAUUUGCUGCCAAGACUGAAUCGCAGCCUGGGGGAGCAGGCAGGACAGUGGUUCGCAAGGAAAUCCCAAGCACACCAUCCAGCGCGGCACAGGACCCUGAUGAGGAUGAGGAGACACGGCAGUAUCGUCUGAAGAUUGAGGAGCAGAAGCGUCUGAGAGAGGAGAUCCUGAAGAGGAAGGAAAUGCGACGGCAGAUGCAAGCCGGCGUCAGAAAGAAGGAGCUGCUGGAAAGGCUUAAUUCCCAGACAAACACUCCAAGCCAAGGGCCUGCUCCUACACUGAUUCAACCUGCACAGCAAAAUCAGCAAACACACCCUGUACAAAAACAACCGCCACCACCACUGCAACAGCAGCAACAGCAGCAGCAGCAGCAGCAGCAGCAUCCAGAACAAAAACAGCAGCCACAGUUACAAAAACAGCAGCAACAGUUACAGCCACAACAGCAGAGACAGUUUCCUCAGAGAACACAACAACCAUUAAAUCAGUCAUUUAAGAAUCCUAAUCAAGGCACCCCCAUCCCUCCUAAUGGCGCCACUCAGACCCUUACUCCACGUCCCAAUGUGAAGACACGCCUACAGAUGGUAAAAGGUAACACCCCACAGCAACAGACCCCCGGGCCUAUUCCAGACCAGCAAUGGAAACAGCCCCAACAAAGUCCGCAGCAGCUGCAACAACAACAGCAGCAGCAACAACAGCAACAGCAACAGCAACAGCAACAGCAACAGCAACAACAACAACAACAACAACAACAACAACACCAACAGCAACAACACCGAAGGAAUAGUGCAAUGCAGAACUUAAACAGACCUGGCACUCAAAACAACAUACCUGUAACUCCCUCAUUGGGCCCGGCUCAGGCUCAGGCUCAGGCUCAGGCUCAGGCUCAGGCUCAGGCUCAGGCUCAGGCUCAGGCUCAGGCUCAGGCUCAAGGACCUAAACCUGGGGCUAAAAGAACUGUGAUGCAGCGAGCCAAGAAUUCUGGUGUUGAAGGUCAGCAGGUGCCGCAAAAAGUCAGAGUCGUCAAACUUUCAGGAGCGAGUGGAAAGGGGCCUGAGGCCACUGGCAGCCCUAUGCAGCAACAAGGCACCUGGCCGGCACCUGCACUCAACCAGGGCGUCCAGAGGAAGGUUACCAUGACAGGACAGCAGCAACAGGGACCAAGCGGAACACCGCAGGCUUGCCGAGGGGGCAUGGGCAACCCACAGCAAAACAGGGUUGUCGUGUCGGGCCGGGGCCGAGGUAGAGGGGGUGGUCAGAUGGGUCGAGGUCGUCCGAUGGCCACCAGACAAAGCCAAAGAGCUGCAGAGAGUGAACGCUGUACCGUGUCCAUAGAGGGCCUCUCCUCAUCUACAACUGACGUUCAGCUGAAGAAUCUUCUCAGAUCCAUCGGCCCCAUUGAGAUGUUCAAAAUGAUGCCACAGCAGAGGAAAGCAGUUGCCACAUUUUCCAGUCCCCAGCACGCAGCAAGUUUUCAAAUGAGCUUCCAUAGGCACAUGAUUGAUUUGUCCCACAUUGAUGUGUCGCUGAUUGAUGGAUGAGGAGCACAAUAGAGCCAGGGAGUCCCGUUACAAGACGUCACUUUCUCCUGACAUGGGAGCUUCUCAUGCACAGCUCCAUCUUGGCAUAGGAAUAUUUCUUCAGCCUUUUGAGGUCACUCACAGUCAACGUCUGCACAGAAGCAUCGUUCGUCAUUCAUCUCCUCUCGACUUUGAACAGUGAUCACAAAGACAUAAGCUGCGAGCACGCCUGUGUUUGACUUUGUCUACCAAUUGGCCAUUGUUGUAAAUUGGCACUGGAGAGACACUGGACAGUUAAUCCUACUUCGAUGUAGUUUGUGAUGAAUGUUUUUGUGCAUCUUACACGGACCCUAAGUAGAACAUAUCAUGAGAUAAUGGUUGCUCCCCUCCUCAGUGAGAUUCAUAUUAACAAAUGCAAAUGACACUUGAACGUUGUAAUUCUAAUGUGACCACUUCAUAGUGUUAUUUUUUUUCUUUAUUAUUAUUUGCGGCUCGGUGUUUGGUUUACACACAGGGAAUGGUUGUGGCUGAUUGUAGCCAGCCUAUUCAUGUGGGCUCUACCCUAGCAGUGUUUGUCCCCCUCUGUAGAUGGCAGUAUUUCAUUACUAUUGGUGCUUCAUUUUUUUUCAACCCAAACCUGCUUUUAGGUAAAGUGAUGAAUCCCCAAGCAAAGCAGUUUUUGGGUAAAUGGCACUACCUAGUGGAGGACUAGCAUACAGGCACAGAGGUGGCCUGGGUGGAUGAUUUAAUAGAGUAGACAUAGCAGUGACUAAAACCAAGUUAACACAGGAUUUAACAGGAUUUAACAUGAAUAUGUGUUUUCCAAAUUCCCUUUUAGUUUCGGGAAUUGUGACUGUGUUGUGUAGAUUUUGUGGUGCUUUAAGUUUCAGUGCUGCUUCUCAGACAUUGUUCAGCUCAAAUCGCUCAUUAAAGUUAGUUCAUUUGGUCAUUUGGCAGUGCUCCUUGUUCUAAAUGUUAGAACGUCUUUUAACUGUUUAAUUUUAACACCUGGAAUGCAUUUAGGAAAAAUACUUCAUGCCUUUUUGGAUGUAUAUUUUAGUUGUAUGUCUGAUUAUGGAGUUAGAUUUAGCUUUCUAAUCUGUCCUAAGUGUGCCUUGAAGGAGUGUGUUUUUAGGUUUUUUGAGAUUUUUUAUGCGUACAACUUAAAUGUAUAUUGUUGGGAAUUUAAUAUUUGUAUUAUUUUGUAGCUCUGAGGGAAUUACUUACAAUUCUUUUCAGGAUAUACACACCUAUGUAAAUUAUUUGAGCUAGGAUAUAUGUUUGGCUUUCUCCUUUCGGAAAUAACUGAUCUGAAUCUGUGUGACUAUCACUUGGUAAUUUGAUGCCUUAUCAAUGAGCUGUAUAAUGUACCUGGAAUAGCACUUUGAGCAAAAGGCCUUCACACUGAGCUAGUAAUGUGGAUAUUUGGCAGAAGAGCAGAAACAAACAAAUUACCUUAAAUGUUGAGUUCCCCUUAUUAUGAUAUAGACGUUCUCCGUAACUUCUGGGCUCUAAAUCAUAAUGAUAUCUUACUCUUACAAAGGAUUCAAAUUUCUUCACACGUGUGAGAAAUUCACUUGUACAAUCACUAAUGCAACAUAUUUUUCUGAGCAUGUGCCCUUGUUUGGGAAGUGCUACCACAUCACUGAAACCUUUUAAUUCUCUUAAUACUUAACUUCCGUGUCAUCAUUUAACUAAAUAUAGCAAGUUAGUCUCACUUACUUUUUCAGUUAUUCCAUGAUUUUUUUUCUACACACAACAUUUUUGUCUAUUCCGGGUUUAGGAUUUGUCAAACAGAAAGUUCUUCUAAAUAUUCAAACAUUGUUUUGCGUACUUUAUUGAUAGGGAUGUGAUGCGAGGAAGGUGAGGGGGCAACCAUUAUCUAUGUAGUGAUCAUGUACAUAAGUAGAUCAGACCUUUGACUCAAUAUUUAUCCUGUUAACAUUUUUUGAGUUAUUCUUUACUCAUGUUGUAUCAAGUUAAACAGUUUUAUAUGUAAAGAUAUGCUGAUGUGUCCAGGCAUAAAUCAUUUUACAAUUGUUUUUGUUUUGAAUUUAGAGCCAACAUGAAAAAAUGACUGGACCACGUUUCUGUUUAUAAGACAUUUGACAAAAAGUUUAAGGGAAAACAAGAAAAUAAAACAUGGCCAAUAUACCGUGAACAUGCAGGUAUGUAAAGCCGGUUCAACUUUAGCCCAAAGAUGUGUGGUUUUGUGUGAUGUCCAUGUGUCUAGUGCAAUGAAGUAUCUUUCUUAUUUGUGCCACAUUUCAAUCAUUCGAUCAAGUUCCUGGGUAUUCACUUUGCAACAUAUCAUAUUUUUCUUUAAAAACUAUCUAUUACCUUGGGAUUAAUGCAAAACUCUUUUGAGGAUUUUUAUUAUUAUUUUUGUAAGUUUGUAGACUUAAGUAAUUAUACAGCAAGAAAUUCUAGCUCAAAGAUUAAGGGGAAUGCCACUGAAUUUUGGCAUUGAAAAUACUUGCUUCAUAUUCUUAAACAAGAGAAAUGUUUUCCUGCAAAUUUAACCUUGAUGUCAUACUAAUGUGGAGCUCCAUGAAAUGUGUAAGAUAUAGGAAUAGGUCUAGUAAUUGUUACAUCCUACAUAACUUCACUGGGAUAUAUUUUUCAGUUAGAGCAAACUAUAUCACAUUAGAGGGUUAACAUGUUGAAAACCACAAAGUCCUUAUUUACUGUCAGAAAGUCAACUCCUGGCUGAGCAUCUGGAUGACAUCACAGAUUAAGUUCUCUGGUUUUGAGAUUUACGAAGUAGUGGUUCACAAGUAGUUACAUUUGUGCUUUCUGCAUGUGUGAAUCAAAUUCAUAAAUUUAGUGGUAUUUCCCUUAAAUUAGAUAUUACUUGAAAUAAUUCAAAAUCUAUUAGGUUUUGAAAUAAGCUGCACUUAAGUGAUUCUCGCCAGUAAAGAUCACUAGAUCCUCAAAACACUUUUAAUACCAAAGGUAUUUGGAUGAAUGGGGUGUCUGAAAAUGUCUAAACCCCUAAAUUCCUUUUAGGUCUUGUAAAACUUGAGGUUGAGUGGUUUACAGUUUUUUGUAUGUUUUACAGUUGUUCUAAACUGGCUUCUUUAUGUUUUAAUCCUUUUGUUUUGAGUUGAACUGAUGUAGAGGUUUUUGUUCUCUUACAAUGUGUAUUUACUGUCUUUCAUGUUGUGGGUUAUGCAUGAUUUUAGUCCUGUGGUAAAUCCUGUGGAUUUGAAAAAGUAUCGGCAAUGCCAGUCAGAGAGAUAUUGUUAUAAGACAUCUGGUCUUGUAAUUCCAGAACAGAUUCAUAUUGAAUCUAUUUGUACCUUAAUUUUAAGAAUUUCGCACAUAUAUGUACCUUGAGUUUAUAGAAAUGAUGUUCUAUAUUUCUCAGAGGAAAAUGGUGCUUAAUGCCUGAUUUACAGUAAGCUAUUUAAUUAGCAGGGUGAUUUUCCAAUCACAUCACCUCAACCCUAUGGUUGAGGUAGUUUAUUUAGAUAUUUGAUUCAGAAAGGUUUAUCUGUCAGAUGUGUAUGGGGCUGUCUUGUGCUCGCAUAAGAGAACUUCAUUUUUGCUGCUGCUGACAAGUAUCAGAAUGUUUCUACCAGCUUCGGGUCAAAUAUGCAACACUAGCUGGGUUGAGUUCUAUACAACACUAACUUGCAACUUUUUUUCAACAGGUCCAUUUGGUGAAUAAGGGUGCUGAGACUUUGCAGACCGGCUGAAAUAAUCAUUUCAUUCUUUCUUUUUCUUCAGGUCACAUCCACGUCACCAGAGUGGUGUCACAACCAGUCAUCAGUGUGUUGCUCACCCCAAAUGCAAAGUUAAGGGACCAUACCAAGGGCUUAGCAUGUUUUAGCAAAUUAACAAAGUAGGUAUACAUGCAGAGACUUGAAACCUGCUAAAGCUGGGCUUAUGUUUCAUGUUAAUACUGUUCACUGUAAUUUGUUCCUAUUUGAUUCUUAUGCGUAGCUUCAACACAUAAAAUUUUAGUUGGGCAGUUAAUUGUUGAUGUGCUAAAACUAGCCCCAGUUUAUAUCUCUAAUGUAAUCAUCAAUUGCUUAAUUCUGAAAAACCCCAGCAGGUCAUUUAAUAUCACUUACUGCUAUUUUGAAGACAUGCCCAGAUUACUUAAAAGACCUUUAUAUCUUGCUGGUAUAAAAAAAUAAUUUCUCUGCUGCAUGUAUUAUACAACACAUUUCCAAAACUUAGCUUUAUUUAAUCCAACUUUUUGUUAAGUUGUGUUAGGCAACCAAGGAGAUACAGUAUGCCAUCUCCAGUUUUGUUUGGUUAGUUGCAUCUUGUUCAAGUUUACUUUUACUAUAAACCAGAUGGAAUAUUUUUGUACCAGCAAAAUGCGGCGUUAAGUGUUUUCAAAUGACCAAGAGUUUUUUCUAAUUUACAAUGUAUUUAUAUUUUAGGAAAUCAGUGGCUUAAAUCUGUUACUCUUAAUGUGACCAUUAACGAAAAAGUCUAAAAAGUAGAAGUACGGAUUACAUGAGAAGUAUAAAUGGGUUGAGCAGAAGCAUGCAAAACCACUGGUAUGGUCCGACACUUGUGGUGCUGGUUUAAUCACAUUGGGCUGUUUGCACAGAUGUUUGGUUUGGGAUGGAACUAAUGAGAUUUGUCUUAUGAAAACACACCUUUAUGUGACCACAGUUAUCAUCACAUCAUACAAACGAUGGCCUCACGGAUUAACAUAUUAAUUUUUCCACAGCAUUCUGGUGCGAAGAGCCGUUUACCAGCUUUAUCCAUGAAACUGCUUUGUCACUUUUCCUGCCUUAACUCACUCACUUCACGCUUCAGGUUUUUUUUUCUUUUCUUUUUUACACCAAUGCAGCCUGCGACCAUAGGAUGAAGACUUUACUUGAACUUACUUCCCUCAUUAAAUAGAUGUUGCUGCAUUCAGAGUAUUGGGCCCGCCACAUUUCCUCCCAUUACUGCUUUUUCUGCCAUCGCUGUUCUUCCAGCUUGCAUAUAUUUUUACAGUUACUCAUCUUUUCCUUGAUGCUGCUGUUGUUGAAUGAACUUGAGACUUCUGUAUCAAGCAGGGUGGCCUACCAGGAUUACCAUUGUUUGUUAGCCCAGUGGCUGGAGGUUUCCAUCUCUGUGACGACAGCCGGGUUCACAGAGCAGACACGUAACUCUAAAGCCGCUUUAUGGCUUUCACUGCACCAAAGGUCAUCCCAGCUUCUUGACAUACAUUGUUUGGUUGGAUUUUGAAAAAGACACUACAGUGGUUUCCUCAUCUCAAACAGUAUGGUGCACCAAAUAAUGACUGAAAAUCCAACCUAUUGAGCUUUGACUGAAACUGUUGACAAAGCAUCUUGUCUUAUGUUUUCACCCUUCGCACUGAUCUAUCAUAUGAAGUGAUCAUGUUUUAUGUUGGAAUAUUCUGAAAUCACUGCGAAAAUAGCUUUGAUGCUGUAAACUGUGGUGUUUGUAAAGAGGCAAAAUGCUUUUUAUAAGAAAUUGAGUAUGUUUUUAAAGAGAUGAAAUAUGUUAAAUUUGGUACCAGUAACUGAAGGAAAAUAAACUUUUUGACUUACACUGCAAAA